UACACACGUGUUGUGUUGCAGGUUUGAAGGUUACACAAGAAGCGCUGGACAGUUUGCUGUCGGCUGUCCGCUGAAGAGUGUUACUAGGACGGCGUGUUUGUGGUCAAAGCUGGGUGUGAGCACCACUGAAGCACAGACAUGGAUCCCAUGAAGGCACAGCAGCUGGCGGCGGAGCUGGAGGUGGAAAUGAUGGCUGACAUGUACAACCGAAUGACCAAUGCCUGCCACAGGAAGUGUGUACCGCCGCAUUACAAGGAGGCGGAACUGACAAAGGGCGAGUCAGUGUGUUUGGACCGCUGCGUGGCUAAAUACCUGGACCUCCAUGAGAGGCUGGGACGAAAGCUCACAGAGUUGUCUGUCCAGGACGAGGAAGUGAUGAGGAAGGCAGCUGUGGGGAGCGGAUAGAGACACUGAUGAAAGAAACCAAGUAGAGCAUUGUGGGGGACUAAAAGCAGAAGAUGACAGAAAGGAUGAGGCUGAGGGAUGCACUGCAGGAGCUGGUGGAACCACAAGACAAGGACAUCUUGAAACUGCUCACUGUUCCACCACCCUCUCUGGAUGCGCCAAAUCAGUCUUACAUUCAGCUUGCCCUCUUCCUCAAGAGGUCACCUGAAAAUAAACUGGAAAGGACAUGUCAUAUUAUUUUUAAAAGUCAUAUUUUGUGCUUGUUUUAGCUGCUUGGAGUGUGAGAAAUGUGCUGCUUCUGCUGCAGAAACUCAAACACUAAGUGGAAGCAUUGUGGUGUCAACCGUCUGGCACUCAUGGCAGGUUUAAACAAACAAGAAUGAUUUUCUUUUCUCAUUGUUCCCAGAUCACCCUUUGAACUUGGGUAGGGGUAAACAUGGGCCCUCUCUGUAAGGUUGCAACACAACAUGGUAGUCCGGUAGAUAAAAUGUUCACAAAUGCAAGUUGUCUGUUAUGCAGACAUGAGUCAAUUUUUUUUUUUUUUUUAAACAAAACCUUGAAAUACAGGAAGUCAGAUACAUUGGUCAGGGGAUGCACUGAAUGAAUUAUAUAAGGUGGGAUGAUUUGUCUUUUUAUACAAGACAUUAUGCAUAAUUGACUCUCUGUCAGCCAUGGAUGGUGCUGUGUUGGCUUUGUCUGCAACAAGACUGCCAGCCAGGCUGUUCUGACUACAUCGUCGUGUGUUGAAGAUGAACUCAUUUGUCAUGCUUGUGUAGACUGUGUUGCUCUUGUUUUUGUUUAUUAGUUUCCAUGUGUUAAGCACUGUGUCAAUGAUGUAGCUUCUCAUCUGUAUAUCUGAGAAGCUUCAGUGUUUUGUUGUUAAGUACAAAUAAAAUAAUGUCAUCCUUUAUCUGAA